AACAAAAAUUCAUAGAAUGUUUGUUUAUUGAAUCCUGUAAAAAGAACGAGAGGAAACCCAUGAAAUAUUAAGAGGAAUGCAAUAUUUUUCAUGGGAAAAAACCCUAUAUUUUGUUAACACGUAAAACAUAAUAAUGAGAAGCGGGACAUUGUUUUACAGUUUUGCAAGUAUCUUCAAUGUCUGAUUUCAAUUUUGAGGACCCCAGAGGGGGACCCGCAGGGGUCCUAGGUCCACCCUUCAAGAAACAUUGAUUUAGACAAAUGCUCCCUUUGUGUGUUGAAGAUAGCGGCCUGGCUGUGUGAACUAGCCGUGCAGUGUUAAUCUGGUGAUAAUUUUGUGUGUCUUGCCAGGAAUGCUGGACUUGGGGCUCUUUGUGUUUUUGAAGCAGAACAUUUUCUUCUGCUUCUGAUUCAGUUAAGUCUGCUGUGUGAUCAUUGCCCUAAACUGGGUUCACGCCUCACACUGAGCCACAGUUUACUUAAUUGUGAUUCCUUGGAUAAACCACAAUUAAUUGGGAUUAUGUUAACAUGCUAAGCCGGAAUCGAACAAAUCAUUAUGGGGUAGGGAAGAUUGUGUACCAGGUUCAUCUGUGGUGCUAAACCAGUUAAGAUUGACUUAGAUUUAUUGAGUAAAUUAUUAUUAUUUGUUAUUUUAUUGGAUUUGAAGGUCACCUUAACUCCAACAUAGGACAUGGGACUCAGUUUUAAUUGUCUAACACAAUGUUUUUCAAACUUGGCAACUUUAAGAUGUGUGGCCUUCAACUCCCAGAAUUCCCUAUGCUGUACAGUUUUGUCUGUUAAAUAUUAGCUCUUAACUGGGGAAGACUUACAAAGCUCUCCUCAAGGAAGGCAGGUGGAAUGAGUCUAUUCUUAGUGAUAUCUUCUGCUCCCCAAAAUAGGGACCCAGCUGCCUUUAAAUCUUGAGGAUCAUCACUGGCCUCUUCCAUGAAUUCCUCUAAUCUUCCCUUGAAGUUGAUUAAAGACAGUCCACGUUGGUUACAUUAGCUGGCCUCCAGGAGGUAGAACAUGGACUUGCCUGUCAUGGUCCCACCUUACUAGAAAAUUCCAGACCCUUUUCCUUUCUGUCUUGUUAGAAGAAUGCCCGGGAAGUGGUGGCCAUCAAGUGCGUGAGUAAGAAGAAUCUGAACAAGGCCUCUGUUGAAAACCUGCUGACGGAGAUCGAGAUCCUCAAGACUAUUCGGCAUCCCCACAUUGUGGAGCUGAAGGACUUCCAGUGGGACAAGGAGUACAUCUACCUGAUCAUGGAAUAUUGUGCUGGGGGUGAUCUGUCCCGCUUCAUUCAUACCCGGAGGAUUCUCCCAGAAAAGGUGGCUUGUAUAUUCCUACAGCAACUGGCAGCCUGUGCCUUGAAGUUCCUUCAUGAUAAGAAUAUCUCCCAUUUGGACCUCAAACCCCAGAAUAUCCUUUUGAGGUCUUUGCAGAAACCUCAUCUCAAACUGGCAGAUUUUGGAUUUGCGCAGCACAUGUCCCCCCGAGAUGAGAAGCAUGUGCUGAGAGGUUCGCCGCUUUACAUGGCCCCGGAAAUGGUGUGCAGUCGACAAUACGAUGCUCGAGUAGAUUUGUGGUCGGUUGGGGUGAUCCUCUACGAGGCGCUCUUUGGUCGUCCUCCCUUUGCCUCCAAAUCGUUUGCUGAGUUGGAGGAGAAGAUCCGCAGCAGUCAACCUAUUGAGCUCCCCAGCCGCCCCCGUCUCUCGCCGGAAUGCCGGGAUCUCCUGCAGCGUCUUCUGCAAAGGGAUCCCCAGCAGCGCAUCUCCUUCCAGGCGUUCUUUGCUCACCCAUUUGUGGACAUGGAGCAUAUGCCCAAUGCGGAAUGUCUGGGGAAAGCCACCACACUUGUAAUGGAAGCCGUGAAGAAGGACCAAGAAGGUGACCUGGCCGCUGCACUCUCACUCUACUCCAGAGCGCUGGAGUACUUUGUUCCUGCCUUACGCUAUGAACGGGACGCCCAGAGGAAGGAAGCGAUCCGAUCCAAGGUGAGUGAAUACAUCUCACGGGCAGAGCAGCUCAAGGUGCUGGUCGCAUCAGACAACAAAGCUCUUUUGCAAAAAGGCUGUCCUGGUCGGGACAUUUUAAAAGAGAUGUCCAAGGACAAACCUCGCCUUUACACUGCUCUGGAAGUAGCAUCGGCUGCUGUGGCUAAGGAAGAGGAAGGCAAAGAUGACAGUGAAACGCUUGAUCUGUAUCAGCAGAGCUUGGGCGAGUUGCUGCUGAUACUGGCUGCGGAACCUGCAGGGAGAAGACGGGAGCUGCUACACGCCGAGAUCCAGACACUGAUGGGCCGAGCAGAAUAUCUGAAAGAACAGAUCAAGAUCAAGGAGUCGCGUUGGGAAGCCGAGUCCAUCGGAAAUGAGGGCCUCUCCGAGUCUGUGAGAAACUCGUGUACUUUACAGUGACCGGUUGCCAGGAGCGUGCCUGGUAGCCUCCGUACCUCAAACCAGCGAGCGCAGGACAAUCGCAGCCUCGACCCCGUUUGUGUAACUGGGCCUAAGAGUUGCUGGUGUGGCGCUUGGGAGUUGUGGAGUUCCAUCCGCAAACCCAGACCGAAGGAGCAAACUUUAGGGAGUAUGAAGUUUUAUAGACUGUCAACGUUUGAAUGGCCUAAUUUAUUUUUCUGCCUGGCAAAAUAGAAUUUAAGUAACAUUAAGUAAGUUAAGUAACAUUAGGGGCUGUCGAGCAUUUAACAUGCAGGGACUAAACUCAGGGUGGUUUUGUCGAAGUCGCAUACUGUAGUGCGCAAUCCAGAACAAGAGGUUUACAAGUGGGUUGUGCCAGGGUGGUGUUCAGGCAGGAUGUCCUGACUGAGGGAAGAUGGAAAAUCUGACAGAGAAAUGUCUUCAUAAACUAUUUUCUGACCCCUGCAA